CCGACGCUGGGAGAAGAGGCUGGAGGAAGAUGGAGACUGCAGCAGCCUAUGGAGCUGGCAAGGCUGGGGGAGCCUUUGACCCCGUUACUUUUAUCAGGCAGCCUCAGACCAUCCUCAGGGCUGUCAGCUGGCUUUUCUCCAUUGUUGUUUUUGGAUCCAUCGUCAACGAGGGCUACGUGAACCGACCGAACGAGAUUGAGGAGCAUUGCAUCUUCAAUCGGAAUGCUAACGCUUGUAACUAUGGCAUCACCAUCGGCGUGCUGGCCUUCCUCGGGUGCCUGGCUUUCCUUGCCCUCGAUGCCUACUUCCCACAGAUCAGCAGUGUCAAGGACCGCAAGAAGGUGGUCUUGGGGGACAUCGGAUUUUCAGCCUGCUGGGCCUUCCUGUGGUUUGUGGGGUUCUGUUUCCUCACCAACCAGUGGCAGGCCACGAACCUGGCCGAAGAUAACCCGCUGAAGGAAGGCGCAGACGCUGCCCGCGCCGCGAUCACCUUCUCCUUCUUCUCAAUCUUCACCUGGGCCGGCCAGGCAUUCCUGGGGUACCAGCGGUACCGUCUUGGCGCCGACUCUGCCCUCUUCUCCCAGGACUACACCGACCCGAGCCAGGACGCCUCCGUCCCUUACGCACCGUACGUCUCCAGCGAUGAGAUGGAACCCCCAGGGUCUUACCAGCAGCCGCUGCCCACGGGCCCCUACAGCACCAGCUCAGACGGAUACCAGUCGCAGGGCUACUGAGCACGUCCACAGUGAGGGCGAGUAACUGAGGCCCUCGCACGGGGCAGGUACACAUUUUACUGGGCAACUCUUGAUCCGAGCCGGAGAAAGCUCCAACACGUGUGAGCCAUCAGUGUGUCUGAAGUAGUUAGGGCAGGUUGUAAUCUCCUUGUGUUUGAAUCGCACUUUAUAAAUCUUUGACCUCCAGAAAACAGACAGAUUUCCAAUUUCCUGACCUCUUGCUCUGAUCAACCUGGGCCAGCUGACGGCAGAUGGUGGGAAAUGUAUAUCACUAUUAAAAUAAUAAUACUUAUUGUUUUGUGGCCAGUUAAAGCUGGAUCCCUCUCACAGCAACUUCCUCUGAGGGUCGCCUCACUCUCUGUUCACCCACCUUUCCCUGCUUGAUGGGGUCUCUGGAGAACGUGCAGAACCCAUUUCCCUGGUGUAUAAGCAUGCACGUGUGGCACAGACAUCCACCGUUUACAUGGGAUGUGUGUGUGUCGUUCCGAAUCCCUCCCCACUGAUGCCAGAUCGGGGGAGGUGGGAGUGGGUUGGUGGGAGAGCACAGAGUGCUCAGGUGCUUCCUUGGGGUGUUAACUUGUUAUUACCUCUUAAAAGCACAAAGUAGCAAUAGGAGCAACCGUUUGGGUGGGGUAAGGAUGGGGGAGGAAGCAGAGCCCCCCUUCCACUGAGAAAGCCCUUACAGGGGGUUUCUGCCCCCAUUGACGAUCCACCCUGGCCCUCCAAACCGAGAGCGGGGGGCGAGGAGUUGGCCUUGUGAGAACAGGCACUGCCCCCUCAGGAUGUUGGGGGAGGGGGCGCGGGAGGUGGGGGAAGCUCUCUGCCGUGAUGGUGGGGGAGAGUGGGUGCCAUUGAAGCAGGUCCUUUGGGUUUUGGUUCCAGAGGGCAUUGGGGAAGGGGUGCAGUUACUGUCCCCACACCCCUUGACUCGCCAAGCUCUGUCCCACAUCACGGAAGGUGGGCUAACGGGGAGGGGGUCGCGGGGACUCGGGAAGGGACCAGGUGUGAUGGGGGAAGCUGGAAAAGUCCUGUCAAAGGAUGUAUUGUAGGCGAGAGUGUUCAGGGGAACCCGUUACCCAGAGGGUCGGGUUCAGUCUGGUUUUCCCUGGUACAGACCUGGCCUCAAGUUGCCAAUUGGACCCUCACUGGGCUCUGGGAUGGUGGCGGUCCUUUGAGUGGGAAAUUGAGAGAUUCCACCCAUGCAGCAGGGAGGUCCCUGGAUCGUAUCUGUUAAACGCCCCUCUCAAGGAGAUUGUCCACGUGAGACUGAGGGGGUGAAAAUCCUCCCCAGGGCCAACGGGAGCCGCUGGCGGCUGGAGGUGGUGCACGGUGUGGAGUGGCGUGGCUGUGGCUUCUGCCCCAUCACUGGCUGGGAGCCGUUGUGUAGAGGAGGGUCUUCAGUCCUUGCAGCCCAUCCCCUCAUUCUGCUGGAUCAUAGGUGACGCUAACCUUGGCUCCCACUUGCCCGAGUCCAAAUCCCUUGAUCCGUUUAACAACUAAAGUCUAUCACUGUUUUGAAAUAUUCAGCCACCCUGAGAAAAGCCAGUGGGGGGAGUGGGAAUGAAAUCUGAUUCCCUCACACUCUGUGUGAAGGACAGACUCCGGACUUCAUCCCGAGCAGCCUGGCUCUCAUUUUAACAUUGUCCUGUCUUAUCCUGGUCCAGCCCAACACUAGAGAGAAUAGUUUUCUCUCUUAUUCCAUCCUUUAAUCAUUGUAAGCACCUCAGCCAGAUCUUUGGUCAUCUAGAUGCAGGGACGGAGGGGGAGGAUGUCUCUAAGAACACUUUUGCAAUGUUGUUCCUGUCUUGUGCUCUGCCACCACUGUGUGUUUAAGCAGGGACACAGUUUGGAGCCAGGCUGUCGAGGGCAGGUCUUGGCACCGCACAAGAACAGGGGUGGCUUCCAUUUUAGUCACAGCUUGGCCCCUCACCACCCCGAGGGUCAGCCAUUUUCUCUCUCCUGUGCCCUCUCAAGAUCCAGCCAAUCCUUGGCCGGGAUCUUUGGUACUUCCUGCGUCUCAAUGCGAGGUCAGAGCCUGGCACAGAUUGGAAAGAGACAUCCUUUUGGUUUCUGGGCUGGGAACGGAGUUGGUCUCGACCCAGGCAGUAGACGGUUUUAGAACCUCUGGGCAGAGAGAGUUCCAGCCACUGAUUGGCACUUGGGAAGCAUCGAUCUAGGACAGUCGGCAUGGGAUGGCCUCUUGCAGUCAAGAAGCCCAUGGAUUGAAGCUCUUGUACCUAUUAUCAGAUGGAGAGCAAGAUCCCAUGGUGCUGGGUACCACCACCCUCAGCAGGGAGGAGUGGGAGGGAUAGUUACAGUCAGUGAACCGAUUGGUCAUCAGUCAAUAGUGCAACAGAGAGAAUCAACAACUGGGUAGAGUUGGGUGUAGUAGGCAGAGGGUCGGAUUUCCACAGCACACAAAGCCGGCAUCUUAAGACUGACAUUAAACAGGACAACACACAAGAUUGCGGUUUGAUGGCAAGGUCUGAGAAGGUGGGGGGGGGGUGGGGAGGGGUGGAACUGCCUGUCUAAAUAUGCUGUCUUAUCAAACGUCGUUCUACAGAUUGCCUAGUAUUCUGUGUACAGACCGGGAACAACUGCAACUUUAAACAACAGAUCCUUAAAAGUGUAUAAAUCUGUAUUUCAUAUAGUAUUUUACUGUUGUAUUUAAAAAAAUACAUUUUUUGUGUUACUAUGUAUACGGGCUAGGCCCAAGCUGUCUGAGGUAAUAGUUGUGGGUGAAGGCAUCAGAAUCUUCUGUCUGUAAAAGGUAACCUAUUGAAAUCCAUUGCGUCUGAUGUUUUACGUACUGAGAAGACGAGGCUGAAGGGGUGGAGAAGGAGCAUCAGAGCGUGAGGUGGGACUGAGGAUCAUUGCCCAUGAUGGGGUGCCAAAUGAGUUUGGGGGAGCUGCUCUUGGAGACUUGUGUCUGUCCCAGUCCUUGCUGUUGUCAGGUACUGGGGGGAUGGGGGGGCAGGAGCGAGAGGUCCUGGGAGUGUGGAGAUGGAGAUCCGUGAAACUUUUGUCCCGAGGCGGACAGAAGGCACACAUGCUGUUUGCUCUGAGUUUCACCUCUCCUGAUUCCAUUUCAUUUCUAUGAGAGAAGACCAGAGCAACCCACUGGCAGUGACCCAGUUACUUAUCCCUCUCAUCUCCCGGGCAGGAGGUUGUGGGUUUUAGCAGCUCUCCACUGUAGUGCCAGGGUACCGUCGCUAAACCAAGAUCCAACCUUCCCAGUUCGGGUGUGGAGAAAAGAUCCUAUGGGACGUUGCCUUGAAUGGGAGCAGGGAGGUUCUCCCCGGGGUUCUACUCAAACAGUUCUCGCUCCACACCAUUAACCAUUGUCACACUUCUGCCUGUGCGUUGAUAGGCUGCUGUUUCCUACAACAAUGACCACACUUGAUUGGCUGUAAAGAGCUUGGGAGGAUAUUCUGAAAGGGACGUGGAAGGUGCUGUAGAAACACAAGCUGAUUUCUCCCAAAUACAACUUGUGGGUGUGGGGGGCGGAAUUACCCCUGCCCUUGCCAGCAGUUACAGCCAGCCAGGGGACUGUGAGACAUUUGAUGGGUGAGUGGGACAUAGAACAGCAGUGGGAUCUAUCCGAGUGUGACUUGCCCGUGAGGUGUAAGUCUCCCUAUCACCUCAAACACCUGUGUCACCUCUACCAAUACUUGGAAUCUUUUCCACAUGAUGCCGGACUCACCAGCCGUCAGAGAGAGCACUGCACUAGCCACUAACUUAUUGCCGAACAAGUGUAGCAUUCUGUGUAUAGACUUCAUGGUGUGUAUAUGGAGCCCUUGUGGCUUUAAAUAUCAUUGCCGCUGUGCGUUCCCCUCACACCGCGGCUUGUGUUUGUGGUACGUUGAUACGAUAGCAAAUAUUUAACUGUAAAAUUGUGAUUCUCAAUAAAGAUGUUUGA